AUGGCUGAACUCACUCUCCAUAACUCUAUUCGGGAGAAGAUGCUCCGCGAUGAGGUAGCAUACACCUUGUCUGUAAAGCUUGUUCGCAGUGUCGAGCUUCCAAUGAUGGCGAAAACCGCAGGAUUCGAUGGCAUACUCAUUGACAUGGAACACUCGGCCUUUGACUUGGACACAACCAGUCAGAUCUGCAUAGCUGCCCUAUACGCCGGCAUCUCUCCCAUAGUUCGUGUUCCAUCUAAAGAUUCUUUCUUCGUUUCUCGUGUACUAGACGGAGGCGCCAUGGGGGUCAUAGUCCCGCACAUCCGAUCUGUACAGGACGCCAAAGACGUAGUCGCCGCCGCAAAGUUUCAACCCGUUGGUCACCGUUCGUCGACGAACAACAUGCCACAAUUCCAAUAUCGACACCUCUCCGCCAAGGCUAUGAGCCCCGUGUGCAACCGCGAAACACUCGUCAUUCCCAUGGUAGAGACACUAGAAGCAGUUGAUUGCGUUGAAGAGCUAGCAGCCAUCGAAGGUGUUGAUAGUCUGCUGAUUGGCACCAAUGACAUGUGCGCCGAGCUAGGUAUUCCGGGUCAGUACGAGAGCCCGCAAUUGCUCGAGGUCUACGAGAAGACUAUCAAUGCCUGUAAAAGGCACGGGAAAUGGGUGGGUGUAGGAGGUUUACAUUCGAGACUAGAUCUCGUAGAGAAAUUUUGCCAAAUGGGAGCGCGAUGGGUCAUGGCAGCGACAGAUGGGCCAUUGCUCCUCGGUGGAGCGACGAGAAGAGCAAGUGAGAUGGCACAACUGAGCGCAAGAGUCAAGCAUAUCGAACAAACGACCCACCAGGAGGCGAAUAGAGCUGCAAUCGAGUCGACUAAUGGAGUUAUCGAUGUCUUGAAAAAAAAGGCUGAUGUUACUGUUGCAGAACUGACGAACGGCCACACGAAUUGCUCUCGUGAAACACCAACAUGCCAACAAUGUCUCAAAGCCUCUUCACAAUGUGUGCAGCGACGCUUUGGUUCGACCAUCGAUGGUUCUGAUCCAUCUUCUAUCUCAUACAUCGAGUCUUUGAAGUUGAGGAUCCGUGAUUUAGAAGGUAGAUGCAAGCGGCAAUCUGAUGUACCGCACGACGACCUCAACAGCAACGAUUCCACAACCCAGAGUUGGAGUAGCGAUUCGACGAGAGCUGACACUCCUCGUGCGCCGAGCAAUAGCGGGACUGGAACAUCGGUUGUUUACAAUAGGCCAGGAGACGACUUGCGAAACGCUAUGCAUGAAGCCAACUACUUGAGCUUGAGUGCAAUGGCGGAGCCUACCGAUAGGCAGUCGUUCUCGAACCAGGAACUUUCAUUCUCAACGUUAUUUGUCGCUGCCGCAAGCGUAGGAGGUGCCAAUCCCAGUAUACCUUCCGGAACCAACCAGUCGAUUUCCGGCUCCAUAGCAGAGUUCCGGGGUCAAAUUUUCCCUUAUAGUAGUAGGUUCGACGCUGAUCAAGCUGUCGAUGCAUUCCAAACCUUUCUCGGAACAGCCCCAGCAACCUUCCCCAGCAUGACACGCGGCGAUCUCGAAGAACUUUACAACACUGUUUCCACGGCAGAGCGAGAUGGUAUUCUCGAGAUCAUAAGUAGCGAGUCUCCAGAUAAGGUUUUACUCGUAAGAACAGGCAUUGCGCUUGGCAUGCUGCUAUCUCCAACCUACAGCUUCACGGAAGUGCUAGCGUCAGAGCUAGCAUCCAAAGCCAUACAGCUUAUGCCACGUAUCCUCGAUCAGUCCGAGGAUCUAGCGGUUGUACAAUGUCUUACGGCUCUCACUGUUUAUUCACUGUACACAACGUAUGGCGGAUCCUCAUGGCAUCUGCUUGGAUUGGCAAUGACACGUUGCAUUUCUUCUGGUAUGCAUACCUCGCGAAUCUCCGACAUGACUUCAGAGAGCGAGAUCAAGAGGCAGAAUGGUAGAGCUUUCUGGACGUUGUACGUCUUGGACACGCACCUGAGUACAGCCAUGGAUCGGCCGUUUUGUCUCAACGACAGCGAUAUCAUGAUGUCGCCACCUUCGUCCCCACGAACUGCACCGAUGGAUACGGGCUUCACGGCUUUGCAACAUCUCAUCCAACACGCGCAAAUUCUGCGUUCUAUCCGGAACCGCAGUGAGAACGAUCUACUUUGUCAUUUCGUCAAUCUAAGUCAUUGGAAAGAAACAAUACCUGCCGCAUUGUCAGCAGCGAGUUCAACGAAGAACCAACUCCAUGUCAGAGGCCUCAUGGAACUACUUAAAUGCCCUUUGAUGGCCCAAGACGUACAUCGAGAUAUGAUGCUGAGACACAUUGAGGAAGAAUUGGCUGACUACGCGGCUGCGACUGAGAAUCAGCUUACCAGCCAUCAACGUGCGCCUGGAGCCCUGGAGGGAUAUCUCAUCUUUUCCAUCGGUGUAUUCAGCGCAUCGCAGCCGCCUGAUGAUGGACGGCAGAGAUGUGUACUUCAAUGCCUGAGCAGCCUCACUAUGAUGUCGAUGCGUUACACUGCUUUCCAGGGAUUUCGCAGCAUACUUGUUGCAUUCCAAUCUAGAUCAGCUUCUAGAGAGCAACUUCAGGCCCUGAUGAGCGCAUCUGAGAUCGCUGUGUCACCUCAAUUACAACAGCUCAUUGUUGGCAAUUUGUGA